AUGAAAAAUCCAGAACACGAAUCUGUUAGAGAGUUUGAAAGUGUAAAACGACUGUAUGAUACAAACACCUUAGCAAUUACAGCCCUAAAACCAGUUGAAGAAUUAAGAUUACAGAUAACAGAGACUUGUAAUUUUCUUCACUCAAGAAACCUGAACCUAAAACUGACUGAUUACGGUCGAGCGCGCCAUUCAGACUUCAAGGUCUCAACGUUAAGUUGUUAA